UCUAUGUUGAGGAACGGCAUUCUGUGACUCCAUUCUGGCAAGUCCCGUGCCAGAAUCUUCCCUGGCCAGCGUCUUCCGUCGAUCCAGCACUGCUCGCUACACGCACGCAUUUUAUUUUCUACUAGGACGAGUUUAGCUUGCAGUGACUGUAACGCGUAGCUCUAGAAUGGAGAAGUCGAAGCGGCCGCGCGCGGGCGAGGCGGGCGGGAGGGGACAAGCGGCGGCGGCGAUGGGGGAGGAGCAGCUGGCGGAUUUCGUGGAGAAGAUGCGCAAAGUGCACGAGGAGCUCGAGGAGGUGGCGGACAAGGCGAGCGAGGAGGUGCUUGAGGUGGAGCGCUCGUUUGUGUCACAACGUCGGCGGCCGCUGUACGACAGGCGCAAGGAGGUCCUCGCUAAGAUCCCGCGCUUCUGGCAAAACGUGCUUUGCAACUGCGGGUCGAUCCGCCACUGCACGGUGGAGCAGGACGUGAAGGUGCUGGAGCACCUCACCUCGCUAGACGUGGAGGAGAAUAAGGAGGGCGAUCCGGGUUAUACCAUCAUCAUGACCUUCGCCCCGAACCCCUUCUUCAGCAACGAGUCGCUCUCGCGGUCGCUGGUGAUGCAGGACGACCUCACGCUCAGAGUCACGGGCACGCGGAUCGCCUGGAAGGAGGGGCAGGACUACACGGCAGGCAUCAAGGCGUAUGUGGAGGAUGAGGAGGAGGAGGAUGAGGAGGGCAAGGAGCAGCUCGUCAGUUUGUUCAGCUGGCUUGCGUUUGGAGACGAUGACCCCAUCCCGGUCACUGCCGAUGAUAUUGGAAAUGCUAUUCGGGAGGAGAUAUUCCAAAACCCGUUGAAAUACUACCACAAGGAGGGAGUGAGGCCGCGAGAGGAGGUGGAGGAGGGGGAGGAGGAUGAUGAGCCGGAGUAUGCGUUCGAAUAUAGCGGGGACGAGGGGGAGGAGGGAGAGGAGGGCGAGGAAGGGGAGGAAGGAGAUGACGAUGAUGAGGCAGAGGAGGCGGAUGACUAACUAGGCGAGUUACGGUAACAUGUGCGGGCUGAGUAGCGGAUUACAGGUUCCUUGCUCGCUCACUACCGAUGCUAGACUCACUAAGACACAAACUGCUACUGCGCUUAUAGAUCUGCAGUGACAACACUGGUGUAUGCACUGGCUUAUAUUCAACUUCUUUUGUGCCCACUGCAUUCCAUGUGCCGUGAUGCACACUCUUUCUGCCGAAGCAUUGAGUAUAAGCAU